UGAAAAACGAAUUUUUUCCAUGUAAUAGGUUGUUUACUUUUCCAAAACUAACUAAAAUGACUGUUGCCGUAGAGGAUCUCGAAGACAAGGAUUUGGAUGAAUUAAUUGCAAAUGGAUCAUUGGAUGCGGUGAAGCAAGAAAGCGUUGAUCCUGAGACCAUGAUUCAGUACUAUCGCCAUUUGUUUCCUUGGCGGUUACUGUUUCAAUGGCUGAAUCAUGGUCCUGUUCCUCAAAAAGAUUUUACAAAUCGAGAAUUUGCAUUUACUUUACCAAAUGAUGCGUACUUGCGAUACCUAUCGUUUCAAUCCUGGGAAGAAUUAAAAAAAGAAGCCAUUGGUAUGUGCCCAAGUAGAUUUGAAAUUGGGCCAGUGUAUAGUAUGAAUCCAAGAGACAGAAAAACUUUGCGAAAGGCCUCUUUUCGUCCAUUACAGAAAGAAUUAGUUUUCGAUAUUGAUAUGACUGACUAUGACGAUGUUCGUACUUGUUGUUCCAAAACAAACAUAUGUGAAAAGUGCUGGUCUUUCAUUACAGUUGCUGCCCAAAUUAUAGAUGUUGCUUUGCGUGAAGAUUUUGGAUUCAAUCAUAUUCUCUGGGUUUACUCUGGUCGACGUGGUAUCCAUGCUUGGAUUUGUGACGAAACGGCUCGUUCUAUGGAUGAUCGUUCCCGAAAAAUGAUUGCAGGGUAUUUACAAGUUGUUACAGGAAAUCCUCAGGGCGGUGUACGAAUUCUUAAUAACUUAAAGCGCCCCUUGCAUCCUCAUCUGACUCGUUCUCUUGAUAUUCUAAAGUCUGUUUUUGCUAAGGUCGUGUUAGAAGAUCAAGAUCCAUGGUCUUCUCAAGAAGGUUCAGAAAGUCUUUUAAAAUUGUUGCCUAAUGAAUCAUUAGCUUCUGCACUUCGAAAAAAGUGGGAGGUCGAUCCUGGACGCUCUAGUAUCAAGAAAUGGUCAGACAUCGACGCAGCUAUUGCAUCUGGAAGUUUUAAUAUUUCUCCUAAUGUCAUUGCCCAUGCAAAACAAGACAUUGUCUUAACAUAUCUCUAUCCACGGUUAGAUGUAGAAGUUUCUAAGCACUUGAACCAUCUUUUAAAGUCUCCCUUUUGCGUUCAUCCAGGAACUGGACGCGUUUGUGUACCUAUAGAUAUUGACUCUAUGAGCAGCUUUAACCCUCUUCAUGUUCCUACUGUACAGACUUUGUUAAACCAGCUUGAUCAACAAUCCGCUACACAACCCAAUGUACAGAUUACCUCCUCUGCAACACAACCUAAUGAAGAUUCGAAUGCUUCCUCCUCUGCAACGUCUAUUUCCACUGACCUUGAUCCUUACACAGCGUAUUUUAGGUCUUUCAGUAACAACAUCUUCAAAUCUACUACACAGAACAAAAGGAAGGCCGAUCCUUUAGAUUUUUAAUGCAUAAGUCAAUUUAUUUCGUCUAUUGUUCUUUUAAGUGUUAAAAAUACUGUUAAAUUAAUGUCAAUCCUAAUUCAAAAAUCC